AGCCUUCCGGUGCUGUUGCUGUCGGACAUCUUCGACUGCCGGACAUUAGAUGAAUGCCAACAGCUGUUCGUUUUGAUCGAAAACAAAGUCGAUGUCUGGAAGGAAGAGGUGUUCUUCAAGAAUGUGAAAAACCAAUUGUUGCGGUCGUGUAAUGAUCUGCUGAGACGACUGUCCCGCUCGCAGAACACGGUCUUCUGCGGCCGUAUUCUUGUGUUUUUGGCCCGAUUUUUCCCACUCUUCGAGAGAUCGGGUCUUAAUCUGAUCUCAGAGUUCAAUCACGAGAACGCGACCACUUUUGCCCUCCAGGAGGACGGAGUGCUCACCGAUUCGAUGACUAGCGAGUCGUCGACCGCCGAAGACAUGAAAGAGUCGGACAAAAUACAAGUGGAUUACAAUUUCAUGGCGUUCAAGACCGUCAACGUCCUGAAGAAGGCGUUAGGCAUGUGGUUGCUGCACAACGUCCGCAAGUCAUCGAAAUUUAACCACCCAAACUCUUGCGCCAACUUUCAGGUGUUGGGCGACAGCAACGACAGCAUGUAUUUCGCCAAAUACCUGACGAACCAAAAGCUCUUAGAAUUACAAUUAAGUGACUCUAACUUCCGGAGAUAUAUUUUGGUCCAGUUCCUCAUUCUCUUCCAAUACCUCACGUCUAGCGUACGCUUCAAACAGGAGGCGCACACCCUCUCGGAGGAGCAGUCCGUUUGGGUCACCGAAACUACCGCUAAAAUCAAUGCACUCAUCGAAGAGACGCCUCCCAAUGGGCCCGAAGUUCGCAAAAGCAUCGAAAAGAUAUUAAAACGCGAAGAGUAUUGGAGUAAUUGGAAGAACGAGGGCUGUCCUGAACUCAAAGAGAUCACCGAAAAUGAGGCCGAAUUCAAGAAGAAUGAGACGAGCAUUAGAUCGACGUAUAGCCGAAAACGCAAAUUAGGCGAUGAGUUGAAGGCCGCGGAAGCCGCGCAUCGCAUACUAAUUGGUAAUCCAGAGCUGAACGCCAUUUGGAACUUAUGUCCCGACAAUUGGGAGGCCUGUCGCUCAAAGAAACGCCUUUUCACCCCUUCCGUCGAGAAGUUCUUCGAGAAUGCAGUCAAAGCUAAUCCCAAACAGAGGGCUGAGAUCUGUUCGGACAGUGACUUCAGUUGGCGAGCAUUACGUCUGUUGAGUCAAAAGAGUCACCAUUUCUUCUCUCCGAGCAAUCAAGUGGUGAAACCAGUGAACAGUCAUUUGGAAGGAGUGGUCGAGAAAUUGUCCAAAGAGUUUCCAACCGAAACCCAAAGCAACGCCAAUGACUUCGACAUCGAUGACGCCGAAGAUAUAAGUGAUGACGAGUUAGGACUUAGGAAUGUGGACACCGUGGACAACAAUACCACUCCUAACACUCCCAACGAUAACUCCAAUGAGAACGCAGAAGUGAUAGAAGUGAUGGACACAUAG